AGAAGAUUUAACAAGUAAGAUUUUCUAGUGUUCAGCUGACAUAUCAAUGUAUUUGAUAAAUUUAGAACGCUGUAUGUCAUAUUUCAAUACAUUUUUAUGUUAAUGUUAUUUCUUGAAACGUUUUGAAAAUGUUUGAUAUAAUAUUUAUAAAUAUUAUAUGCAUCUCUUUUUUUUUUGUAUAACUAAAUAUUUUACUUCAACACUUUAACCUGAAUAUAUACUGAAAUAUUUGAAUACUUACAUUUGACAACGACAUUGUGAUCGUUGAGUAAUUCGAUACAAACUUUCUAUUAGAUGCAAAUAAAAACAACAAAAGCUGAUGUAUUAAGAUCAACUUAUCACUCAAAUUAUUCCUAGAAAAACUCGUUAAGAAGCAUGAAAACUUGAUGAUGUGAGUUCCAUUAUUUGAAUAGUUUUCAACAAAUACAAGUUUUUAAACAACUUAAGACAGGCUACGAAGACUGAUAAUUGAUUUUACAUUAAAAUAUAUAUUGAAAACGUUUUGAUUAGUUUUGCAUGUGUAACGAAUAUUAAUAUAUAUCUUGUUUAUAAUUGUUUAAAGAGAAAUGCGAACUGAUUUUUAAUUGCACAAAGUUCUUAAUAAUUCUAUAUCGAUGUAUGUAAUUAAUUUUCUAUAAAGAUCUAUUUACUUUUCAAAUGUUUUCAUUUUCAGUUAUAAGAAGAGAUGGAAUUACCGAUCUCAAAGAAAAAGUAGGUCAUAAGCAGAAGCAUUGUGUUAGUUAUAAUAAAAUAAACGAAGUGUACAGCAAUAAAAAAAAACUUAUCGUAUGAAUAUGCCCAUCUGUCAUGUUGCUAUUAAGUAUUUUUUUUUUAUAGAACUUUUAUAAUUAUUUAUGGAUAAUUAGUCAUUUUUCGAAAAUUAUUUAUAACGGAGUUUUUCUUUAGCUCUGAUAGACAACUCUAGAUGACUCUUAAUUCAAACACAUAAAAUCUCAAAUAUUUUCAGAUGAAAAAAUUUCGUCUUUGUUUUUAGGUGGAAUAUACUCACCAAGUGACUGUAUACCUCGACAACAUCUUGCUAUUAUAAUUCCAUUUCGUAAUCGUGAAUAUCAACUUAAAAUACUCUUACGUCAUCUUCACCCAUUUUUACAACGACAAAAACGAUCAUAUCGAAUAUUUGUUGUUGAACCGUUUGGCAAUGGUACGUUUAACAAAGGUUUGAUCAUGAAUAUAGCAUUUAAUCAUGCAUCAAAAAUAUCUGCACCAGUAUUCAAUUGUUUCAUGUUUCAUGAUGUUGAUCUUAUACCUGAAAAUGAUUAUAAUGUAUAUGAAUGUGAUAAACAUGGACCACGACAUUUAGCACCGGCAGUUGAUGAAUUACGCUAUUUCUUAAUGUAUAAUGACUUAAUCGGUGGUGUUCUUGCUGUAACAAAACAUCAAUUCAUGAAAGCAAAUGGUUGGUCGAAUUUAUAUUGGGGUUGGGGAUUCGAAGAUGAUGAUAUGAAUCACAGAUUACGUCAUGCAGGUUAUCGUGUUAGUCGACCACCUAAUAGUGUUGGCCGUUAUAAAAUGAUUCGUCAUGAAAAACAAGUACCUGCAUUUAAUAGAUAUGAAAUACUGAGUAGAUGGCUUCGUUAUUCUUCUGAUGGCAUUCAACAACUUAGUGCAUCAAUAUUCAGAUGGGAUCUUACUUGGUUACCUCUUGGUUAUCAGCAAGAUUAUGAUUCCAUCAUGUCUAUAGUCGUGGCGAAAUUUCUCGUAUCGAGUUUGCUACUCUUUGGAUAUACAUGUCAAUUAUGUUUAACAACAGUGUGUACACCAUCGAUUUAUUUCAAUUGGUUUCUCAUUGUUACUGAUUGUCGUUAUACCUAUACAUAUCUUCUUUCGAGUUAUACAUUUGCUGGUGGUGUUCUCAUAUCAUUAUCUUGGACAGUCAUAUCACUUCUCCAUUUGGUUGUUCAUCGAUUCAAAUCUUAG